ACAUGCUGAGAGUCUGUUUAUCCUGUUUUGUUUGCAUGAUCUUAUUUCUUUCUGUUUGAGCGAGGUCUGUAACACAUUGCGCUUGGACAAUGCUGUUCGGUUGGCUGAGGUUAGUGCUCAUAUUUACCUCCUGGACUCAGCUGGUCCCAUGUUUGGGUGCUGGAAAUACACGUUACCGCUACUAUCACAGGAACUGCUACACCUGCUUCAAUGGAUAUCAGGGAUACAACACAGGACACCUGGGGGCAGAUAUUGAUGAGUGCCAGGUUCACAACGGGGGCUGCCAGCAUAGGUGUGUGAACACCAGAGGCUCGUUCUACUGCGAGUGCAACCCGGGGUUUCGUCUGCACAUUGACGGCCGCACCUGCAUAGCUGUCCUAUCCUGUGCAGUGAAUAAUGGAGGCUGUGAGCAUGAAUGUGUCCAACUUUCUCCAGUUCACUUCCAGUGCCGCUGCAGACGUGGGUACCAGCUCACAGCUGAUAGAAAGCGCUGCAGACUGAGGAACCCAUGUGCGGAGAGGAACGGCGGCUGCGUGCACUUAUGUCGCAGUGAUGGCGGUCAUGCUGUGUGCAGCUGUCACCAAGGCUUCAUGCUGGCCCCGGACCAGAAGAGCUGUGAAGAGGUCGAUGAGUGUGAAACAGGAUUGGCGGCGUGUGCUCACAGUUGCCGGAACACUCCAGGCUCCUUCUCAUGCAUCUGCAAUCCAGGAUACGAGCUGGGCUCUGAUGGCAGGAAAUGCUACCGUAUUGAAAUAGAGAUCGUUAAUAGUUGUGACUCACAUAACGGUGGCUGUUCACACCACUGUCAGCACGGCACACUUGGACCCGUCUGCAGCUGUAACCAGGGUUAUCAGCUCGCGGAGGACCUCAAAACCUGUUUGGAUCUGGAAGAAUGUGAGGAGGGAACUUCAUGCUGUGAGCAGGACUGCACAAACUACCCCGGAGGUUAUGAGUGCUACUGCAGGGCAGGAUACAGACUCAACGCUGAUGGAUGUGGAUGUGACGAUGUGGAUGAGUGUCUGUCUGAUAAUGGGGGCUGUGAGCACACGUGUCAGAACACAGCUGGCUCCUAUCACUGCUUCUGUGAGUUUGGAAACCGGCUUGCUGAAGACAGACACUCCUGCAUUCCCCUGGAGAGAGCGGUUGAGGAAUUGUCCAGUCCAGCGGUGGUUGAGAGACCUCUCCUUCAUCUCACACUCCUACAGGACUACCCACAACCCCUGGAGCGCUAUCACGACUAUGAGGACGACGAUGGCUUUGGAGAGCUGCGGGCAGAGAGCACCCUCUCUGAGAAAUUUGUGUGUUUGAAUGGGACGUUUGGCCAUGACUGCAGCCUGACGUGUGAAGACUGCUCUAACGGAGGACUGUGUAACAUUGACAGAGAUGGUUGUGACUGCCCAGAUGGUUGGACAGCAAUCAUUUGUAACCAAACCUGUCCAGAGGGAACAUUUGGCAGAAACUGUUCAUUCACCUGUAAGUGCAAAAACGGUGGCACCUGUGACUUGAUUAGUGGGAAGUGCCGCUGCCCACCUGGAGUCAGUGGAGACCUGUGCCAGGACGGCUGUCCGAAGGGACUAUAUGGAAAGCACUGCAACAAGAAAUGUAACUGUGCUAAUAACGGCCGCUGCCAUCGCACAUAUGGAGCCUGUCUGUGUGAUCCAGGACUCUAUGGCAGGUUUUGUCACCUACCUUGCCCCAAGUGGUCGUAUGGAUCUGGCUGCUCAUUGGAGUGUCAGUGUGUGCAGCAGAACACGCUUGAGUGCCAUCGACGUCAUGGAAUGUGUGUGUGCAAGCCUGGCUAUCAGGGCAAGACCUGCAACCUGGAGUGUGAUAGUGGAUACUAUGGUCCAGGAUGUAAAUCAAAAUGCCAGUGUCCAGCGGGAGUGUCUUGCCAUCACAUGACCGGCCAAUGUCAGCGUCAGUGCCCAGCCGGUCUGCACGGGGAUCACUGCGACCGAAAGUGUGAAGAGGGCCGCUGGGGGCUGGGAUGUGCAGAGCUAUGCCCUUCCUGUGAUAAUGGUGGAUUGUGUGAUCGGCAAAACGGCGCCUGUAUUUGUCCACCGGGAUACAUGGGAAAUCUCUGUCAGAAUGUCUGCCCAUUUGGACACUUUGGCCUCAGCUGCCAGUUGCGCUGCACCUGUGAAAACAGCGGGCAUUGCCACCAUGUGACAGGUUUCUGUGUUUGUAAAGACGGCUGGACAGGACCCAACUGUGCGAAAGCUUGUGAGGCGGGACGCUGGGGGCCGAACUGCGCCAACCAGUGUGACUGCAGGAGCAGCGUGGGCAGCUGUGACCCUGUGACUGGGCAGUGCCACUGUGAAGCAGGCUACACGGGACCACGCUGUGAUCAAAUGUGUCCAGAGGGUUUCUUCGGCCAGUGCUGCCGUCACAGAUGCCACUGUGAGAAUGAAGCAGCGUGCGAGCAUGUGAGCGGUGCCUGUACUUGUUUACCGGGCUGGACUGGAACGUACUGUGAAAAAUCCUGUCCUGAGGGUUUUCAUGGUUUCGAAUGCCAGCAGAAGUGCCAGUGCUUGAAUGGUGGUCGUUGUCACCCCGUGACUGGAGACUGCCUGUGUCCAUCUGGUUGGGUCGGGCCUCUUUGCAACACCACAUGUGAAGCUGGCACCUAUGGCCCUGGCUGCAGUCAAACCUGUAACUGCCACAAUAAUGCCACCUGUGACCCUGCUGAAGGAAAAUGUGAGUGUGGAGCAGGAUGGACAGGGAGCAGCUGUGAACAAGAGUGCCCAUCUGGUUUCUAUGGUGUGGGCUGCCACCUGCACUGCUUGUGCCAGAACGGAGGGUCAUGUGACCGAAUCAGCGGGCACUGCACAUGUCUAAGUGGAUGGACUGGAGUGGCAUGUGAACUGGAAUGUGCUCUGGGAGACUUUGGCAUGGACUGUCAACACAAGUGUGAGUGUGAGAAUGGCGGCGUGUGUGAUCGACAGAAUGGCAGGUGCUCCUGUCCCGCAGGCUGGAUGGGCUCAAGCUGUGAGAUGGCAUGUACUCAAGGUUCAUACGGUCCAGGCUGUAAGCAGCAGUGCAGGUGCGAUCAUAAGGCCCCAUGUCACCACAUCACUGGCACCUGCAUCUGUCCUGCAGGCUGGAGAGGGUCGCACUGUGAGAAAAUUUGUUUACCUGGUUCAUAUGGGAAGCGAUGCGCUCAGCGAUGCCACUGUCCUCGUGGCACUUCCUGUAACCAUGUGACCGGGGAGUGUGGCUGCCCACCUGGAUUUACUGGUAACGGCUGCGAGCGAAUGUGUCAGUCAGGUACGUUCGGACUGAACUGUAAUCAGGUGUGCCAGUGCUCCGAGGUUAAUCAGCUCUGUCACCCCGUCACUGGUGUCUGCUACUGUGCUCCAGGAUAUCAAGGCAGCAAGUGUGAUACAGAGUGUGCGGUAGGCCAUUAUGGUCCCAACUGCGAGCAGGAGUGCCAGUGUCUGAAUAACGGAGUGUGCAAGACCAGCACUGGCACCUGCACCUGCCCACCGGGAUACAUUGGACCAAACUGCAAUAUCACCUGUCCAUCAGGGCGUUACGGGCAGGACUGUGCACGAGUGGCUUUGUGUGGUGAAGGGGCCCGGAGCGAUCCGGUCACAGGCAGAUGCGUGUGCAAAGCGGGCCAGCAAGGGGAAGACUGUGGCAAAGGUUGUCCUAAGGGCUGGUUUGGGGAGGACUGUGCUCAGCGCUGUAACUGCAGUAAUAGAGGACUGUGUGACGUGGUCACAGGAAACUGCACCUGUGGACUGGGCUGGACAGGAGACAGCUGUGAUAGAGAGUGUCCCAGAGGCCAAUAUGGGGCCAACUGCAGGGAAAUAUGUUAUUGUAAAAAUAACAGCACCUGUAACAGAGUGACGGGCGAGUGUCACUGUCCUCCUGGGUACUACGGACAUCUCUGUGAACAUGCAUGCCCUGUUGGUUUCCAUGGACAUCGCUGCCAGCUUUUGUGUGACUGCUUUGCCAAUGCACCUUGUGACCCUGGAACCGGCCGCUGUCUCUGUCCUCCAGGAUAUCAAGGACUUCGCUGUGAUAGAGAGUGUGAUCCAGGUAAAUUUGGGCCUAAUUGUGUCCACAAAUGUGACUGUGACGGAGACACACCAUGUGAUCCUAUCAGUGGCAGGUGUCUGUGUGCACCUGGGAAAAUGGGAUCUCGCUGUGAUAUAGACUGUGGAGUGAAUCAGUUUGGGCCUGACUGCUCGGAGAGAUGUGAAUGUCACAACGGAGGUCAGUGCAAUCCACGCAAUGGACGCUGCACCUGUCUCAACGGUUGGGUCGGACCGAGCUGUCGAGAGGGGCUCACGUCUAGUCAGAAUACUAGCAGAAGCAAAAGGAAGGACUCAUCAGUAUAGCAAUCCCACCCAGUUCAGUAACAGACACACUGUAAACUGACCUGGCUUGAAUUUGUGAGUGGACUUAUGGCUAAAAUUAAAGCCUUGUAACAGUUUUUUUUUUUUAGAUCUUUGAACACAAAGGUCCACCAAACCAUCAGAUGACCCUGACUGGGACAAACUCUUAUGUCAGUUAAGAUCGAGUCAAUAAAUGAUAUACUUUCUCAAGGAAAAGUGGACAACAUGAAGUCCAACAUGAAGGAGAAGACUAUUCAUAUUGAAGUUCCUCCUGGAUGAGGACAAAUUCAAAGGAGUUUUUUCAGCAUCAGUUCUGCUCAGGGAGAAUGAACUUCCUGAUGACUUCAGUUUAUCUCUAAUCAAGAAAAGCACCAAAUCACGGCCUUGGCUUCACCUGGAACUGAAGUGAAUCCCAGUGCCACUGUGAUCUUAAACAAGGGCCUUAAAGGGACAGUGCACCCAAAAAUCAAACUUCUGUCGUCAUUUAUGUAACUUCAUAUUCUAUGCUUUGGUAUCCAUUUAACCCCAGGUUUUGUCUUGAGUG